AUGACUUCACUACAGCGAACUGGUGAUAGUACUUAUGGAACAGUUCGAUCGCCUCGAUAUGCGAUCCUGACUUACACCUGGGGUCGCUUCAGAGCCCCCGCAGACAUGCCAGCUCUCCAGGUCGGAGGGUUAAGCUGGAAGGUGCCUCCGAUCAGAGGAGAACACUUUACUGUCGAUGCCUUUCAAAGAGUCACCGCCCAUAUGGGCCAGUCUGUAGACUUCGCCUGGAUAGAUGUUUGUUGUAUUGAUCAAGAAGACUCAGCCACCAAGAUGUAUGAGGUCGGAAGGCAAGCUGGAAUCUUCAAGCAAGCGGCCUAUGCCUAUGCUUGGCUCAACUUCCACACGCACGAGGAGCUGCAAGGCCUUUUCGACAUUAUUUUCGACCUUGACAACAUCAUCUCAGGAUGGGAACUUUGGGAGCUCUCUAACGCUCAAAAGGGGUCCUGUAUCCCAAAACUUAGACACAUCUUGUCAACAUUGAAGUCGCUCAUGCGAGANCCCUGGUUCACUUCUCUAUGGACGCUUCAAGAGGCCGUACUAAGGAGAGAUGCUAUGAUCUUAUCCACCGAUGGACGACCUUUGACCUUGCAAUUUAAUCGCAAACACAAAAUUCGACUGGAGAUGUUUUGCAACACGUGCUGGAACAUGAUGGUGAACAUUGACAACUACGCAGAUGAAUGGCCGUCGGAAGCUAGACCACUCACCAGGCAGAUACAGCAAGUCAUCCGUACAUCUGGGCUAUUCUUCACCAUGACGAACAAUCCAAACGUGCAGUAUGGUAUGGCGUACUACCGCGUCACCAGACAUCCACUUGAUCGUGUGUAUGCCAUUAUGCAGGUCUACGGCUUUCGACUGGGCGAGUCGCUGCACCCUGAUGUUCCCGUCACACUGGAUGAUCUGGAGCUGCAAUUGGCACAACAGUUGACUUCUCGAUCACCCAUGCUGUCGCAGUGGUUUGUGCACACCGCACAGCCGCAGCAGCAUCGAAGCUGGAUGAUCAGUCAGCGUUCACAUGUUCCUUCUGAAUUGAUCUUGUAUCCGACCUUCAGCGACGACAUGACUAUGCGUAUGUUUGGUGCCAUCGACCCUACACCAAGAAGAACAGCUAUCUUCUCUGGCUUUGCCCGUCCACUAUAUCAGCUGGAUGAUAUGUGUCGUAAGGAGCUCAAGAGAUUCCACGCAUUGUACUUCGCCCUGGAUGCCUGGUCUACAACACCCUUAGACAGCAUCGCAGAGCCUCGAAAGCUGGACUCUGACCACCACCACGUUCCUCAAGGCUCUUUUCGCAAAAUGUUCGAGAGAGAGGUGACACUCGGAUUAGGGGCUCAGCUGCAAGCGUUUCUGCUGGGCGACAGCAAUAGUACGAGUAUACCUUAUGACUAUCAUCGUGCUUAUGCUGUAAUACUGGCCCGAGAAAGCAUGACUGCAACGUGGAGAAGGAUUGGUCUUGUUUGGUGGGAGACUGUUCACUGCGAACCAAAGCCAGCCUACCGCGAAUUCGUUUCGUUUGAAGCUGAGGUUCAUUGA